AUAAAAUAAAAACACAUCUACUGACUCAAUCUUGUUCUAUAUCACUACUCCAACCAUUAGGUGUCGAUUCUCUUAACUACCCAUUCGUUUCAUUUUCCUCUUUGUGAGCAUACUUCUUUCCCUCUCCUCUCUCUGCUUCUCUCUGUGCAGUUGUUGCGUCACUUUCUGGUACUUUGCGGUGCUGUUCUUCCUCCUCUCUGACCCAAAGAACUUCUUGGUUUAACUGUUUUUCUUACCAUCUAAACACACAUUUCCCCCAUAUUCGUUUUUUGUACUGGGUUUCCUAGCUAGCUACAAUCUUCUUGGAAUGGAUACUUCUAGUUCUGGGGAGGAUUGCUGUGUGAAAGUGGCGGUUCACAUUAGACCGCUCAUUGGAGAUGAGAAGCUUCAGGGCUGUAAAGAUUGUGUUACUGUAGUAACUGGGAAACCUCAGGUUGCAAUUGGAUCUCAUUCCUUUACAUUUGAUCAUGUUUAUGGGAGCACGGGGUCCACCCCGUCUUCCAUGUAUGAGGAAUGUGUUGCUCCUCUUGUGGAUGGUUUGUUCCAAGGAUAUAAUGCUACUGUUCUUGCCUAUGGUCAGACGGGUUCAGGAAAGACAUACACCAUGGGUACUGGUUUCAAAGAUGGAUUCCAAACAGGACUUAUUCCCCAAGCAAUGAAUUCAUUAUUCAGCAAAAUCGAAACCUUGAAGCACCAAACAGAGUUCCAACUCCAUGUGUCCUACAUUGAGAUACAUAAAGAAGAAGUGCGGGAUUUGCUUGAUCCCAGCUGUAUUAAUAAAUCAGAGGUUGCGAAUGGGCAUGCUGGUAAGGUAACGAUCCCUGGGAAGCCACCAAUACAAAUCCGGGAAACGUCAAAUGGCGUUAUUACUUUAGCAGGUUCUACUGAGUGUAGUGUCAGAACUUUGAAAGAAAUGGCUGAUUGCCUGGAGCAAGGAUCACUGUGCAGGGCAACUGGUAGUACAAACAUGAACCAUCAGUCCAGUCGAUCUCAUGCCAUUUUUACCAUUACAAUGGAGCAAAUGCAAAAGAUGAAUCCAACAGUUUCCAUUGAUUCAAAUGAUAGUGACUGCAUGACCGAAGAAUAUCUAUGUGCAAAGUUGCAUUUGGUGGAUCUUGCUGGAUCGGAACGUGCAAAGAGAACAGGCUCAGAUGGUCUCCGUUUUAAAGAAGGAGUUCACAUUAACAAGGGACUUCUUGCACUUGGAAAUGUUAUCAGUGCACUUGGGGAUGAGAAGAAGAGGAAAGAUGGUGCUCAUGUUCCAUAUCGUGAUAGUAAACUCACUAGGUUAUUGCAGGAUUCACUUGGUGGUAACAGUAAAACUGUCAUGAUAGCAUGCAUUAGCCCAGCUGAUAUAAAUGCUGAAGAAACUCUUAACACUUUGAAGUACGCAAACCGAGCUCGGAAUAUCCGGAACAAGCCAGUUAUUAACCGGGAUCCAGUAUCCAAUGAGAUGUUGAAAAUGCGCCAACAGCUAGAGUAUUUACAGGCAGAACUUUGUGCCCGAGGAGGAGCUGCUUCAUCUGGCGAAAUACAGGCACUCAAGGAUAGGAUACUUUGGCUUGAAACAGCUAACGAAGAUCUAAGUAGGGAACUACAUGAGUACCGCAGCAAAUGUGCUGCCACUCAACCGUCUGACAUAGAUACUAAUGCCUGUGGUACCUUUACUGUAAAAAGUGAAGGGCUUAAGAGGGGUUUGCAAAGUAUGGAGUCAUCAGAUUAUCCAAUGAGUGAGAAUGGUGAUCAUGGAGUUGUGGAUGACGAAGCAGCAAAAGAAUGGGAACACUCUCUUCUGCAAGACUCUAUGGGAAAAGAAUUGAAUGAGUUAAAUAAACGUCUGGAACAAAAAGAGUCUGAGAUGAAACUGUAUGGAGGGGUUGACCCUACGGCUCUUAAACAACAUUUUGGGAAGAAGAUUCUAGAACUUGAAGAAGAGAAAAGAGACGUACAGAGAGAUAGAGAUCGCUUGUUAGCUGAAGUUGAGAACCUUGCAGCUAAUUCUGAUGGACAAACACAUAAGUUGCAAGAUAUCCAUGCCCAAAAACUUAAAGCACUUGAAGUUCAGAUACUAGACCUUAAGAAGAAACAAGAGAGCCAGGUUCAGCUUCUAAAGCAAAAACAAAAGAGUGAUGAAGCUGCUAAAAGACUAGUUGACGAAAUACAAUCAAUCAAAGCACAGAAGGUCCAAUUGCAACACAAAAUUAAACAAGAAGCUGAACAAUUUCGACAAUGGAAGGCGUCUCGGGAAAAGGAGUUAUUGCAGCUAAAGAAAGAGGGAAGAAGGAAUGAAUAUGAGAGGCAUAAACUUCAAGCUAUGAAUCAACGCCAGAAAAUGGUUCUUCAAAGAAAGACAGAGGAGGCUGCAAUGGCUACUAAGAGGCUUAAAGAAUUGCUUGAAGCACGGAAAUCCUCAGCUCGGGAAAAUUCAGUGAAUAGCAAUGGACAUGUAUCAAAUGGACAGAGCAACGAGAAGUCCUUGCAACAUUGGCUUGAAAAUGAGCUUGAACUAAUGGUCAAUGUUCACGAAGUUCGUUAUGAGUAUGAGAAGCAGAGUCAAGUUAGAGCUGCAUUGGCAGAAGAGCUAUCUGUUCUUAGACAAGUUGAUGAAUUUGCCUCAAAAGGGGUUACCCCUCCAAAGGGAAAAAAUGGUGUUUCUAGAGCUUAUUCAAUGUCUCCAAGUGCUAGAAGGGCAAGGAUUGGUUCUCUUGAAAACAUGCUAAGCAUCUCAUCAAACUCACUAGUCGCCAUGGCCUCGCAGCUUUCGGAAGCCGAGGAGCGGGAACGUGGCUGUAGCAACCGCGGCCGUUGGAACCAACUGCGUUCAAUGGCUGAUGCUAAACAAUUGCUACAGUAUAUGUUCAAUUCUCUAGGAGAUGCAAGGUGCCAACUGUGGGAGCAGGGACUUGAAACUAAAAUGAUGAAAGAGCAAAUGAACGAACUAAUUGGGGUCUUACAAGAGAGCGAGGUUAGAAGAAUGGGGGUUGAAAAAGAGCUCAAGCUGAGAGAUCAAACUCUUGCAGUUGCACUGGCAACUUCAGCUUCGCAGGGUAACUCAAACAAACACUUCACUGAUGAAAUGAGCGGUCCAUUGUCUCCAGUACCAGUGCCAGCUCAGAAACAGCUGAAAUACACACCUGGGAUUGCAAAUGCUUCUAUCCGAGAUUCAGCAGCCUUUGUAGAUCAAGCCCGAAAGAUGGUGCCGGCCGGACAGUUAUCAAUGAAGAAAUUAGCAAUGGUAGGGCACGGUGGAAAGCUAUGGAGGUGGAAGAGAAGUCAUCACCAAUGGCUCUUGCAGUUCAAAUGGAAAUGGCAAAAGCCUUGGAGACUUUCUGAGUUGAUCAGACACAGUGAUGAAACCAUCAUGAGGACAAAGCCUUAUGGACAUUCUCUUCCGAAUAAUAUCUCAUCUAGAAAUGGCCAUUAGCAUCGUAAUGAGCAAGAAAUUACAUUCCUGUUUGACCUUUUCUUCAGUCUACUAUUAAAUGGCAAAGGAAAGGAUUAAGUUCUUGGAUUUAAGAGAAGGUUGCAUUUAUGGGGAAGGAGUUUGGAGGGAGGAGUUUGUAUAAGGUUUUUAACAGAAGAAAAUGUACUGUUAGGUGAAAAGAAUUUUGGUUUUAGAUCAUCAGAAUUGUCUUGUGAAUAUGUUGGGUUGCUACUUGCUACAUAUAGUCUCACCAUAAUAGUGAAAGAACUUAAGAAGAUCCUCAGGUCAGAGGAUUGCAUUUUGCUGGUCUAUUUUCAGACAAUAAGAAGGGGAAAUGCCAGAUGUGUGUAUAGAUUUGAGCAAAUAACAGGAGUAAUAAGUGUAUUCUUAGGUAAGUGCAGUCAUGCCUAGGAAGGUAUUUUUUAUUCUUUUAAAUUUGUUGUUUGUAUCAAAUUUGUUUAUAGAGUGUAACUGUGUAAGCACAAAAAGGGCAGUAGUAGAAAUAAGCUUUGAGUUCUGAAGUGUUUUUGUGAUCUCUACUCUCAUUUUAGCGGUCUAUCUAUUUAUAACUCAACAGUCACAGUGUUUAGUAAAAACUUCAGGCAUAUCUCCCUCUAUAUAAAAAGAGGUGGAAUUGAGGUCAAAUUUCCCGCUCAAAAAUGUCACCAUCAUGAGCAAAGAUGUGUCCAAAAAUUGGUAAUGUAUUCCAGAGGAAGCUAUCAAAAAAAGGUGGGUAGUCCGAAAGGUUUGUCAGAGUACUAUUUGAUGGCUGGUCAAGUGCUGUCCAUUCUCUCUAAAAAUCAUACGGAGUAAAUGUCUUCUUUAUAUCUUAGAUUCUUGGCAAAGCAUCUUGCGUGGAUGAAGAGUAGGGUGCGACGAUGGCAACCAACAGCUCAGCUACGGUAGCCACAGCAACAUGUUUUCCGAUCUUGGGGAUGGCGAACAAAGAUGACGCCCGGGGAGGAACGGAAACCGGCCAAAUCAUCUUGCGAGUAGGCAGAGAACGGACAAGCUGGAGAGCCGGAGCUACGCAGAGAGCCAGUCCGCCAAGCAGUUGAUUCGCUGACCGUGUCUCAGCCCAAAAUACGUCCUGCAACUAACCGUCAAUCUUAUUUCUCUGAGAGGCUGACUGUCCUUCUCUUCACUCUUCCUUUCUUUGUUCUCGCCCGAUUAACUUCUUCCAUCUGCCAGGUCUUCUAUUUCCACCCUUCGCCCCAUUCCGGCUUCUCCUCCAUUUCCCGAUCCACCUCCUCAAUUUCUCGGGCCAGUCUAUCAAGCUUCAUCCAUUUCCGAAGUUUCUUAUCGAGCUUCAAUUAGACGUUCUCUUUGCAUGGUGAGAGCCGGGGGAGGAUGGAACUCUUUUCCUAUCCAGGUUCUUUGUAGCUCCACAACAGAUAUUUCAUCUUUCCUGAUAUAGUAUGAAGUGGAAUGCAAGUGGGAUUUCUUAAAUUCAACGGGGAGUAUGCAGUUUUAUCUAGAAAUUAAAGGUUGACUGUAAACAUUGUAGUAUCUAAGUGAUCUUCUGGGAUUUGAGAGUGCAAAAGGAGGCAAUUAAUUAUUGGAGCAUUCUGAUACGGUAUUAACUUAUAUGUAUUUUACAGUUUUUUUUGUAAAUAAGACUACUGCUCUUUUUUUUCUUUGUGAAGAGUGUUCAUUGCCAUCUUAUGUCUUCUUUGCAAGUUUUAAACAAGGUCAAUUGGUUCUUUGUAAUUCAUUUUAACAUCAUCUUCAUUUAA